UGUGUGUGUGUGUGUGUGUGUGUGUGUGUGUGUGUGUGUGUGUGUGCUCUCACAUGUUCAGGACAUGUGGUGGGGGACUCUGGGUACCAUUCGAGCCUACCCCAGCUUCCACCCAGAGCAGGAUGUGAAGGAGAUCCAGUCGGCGUUGGAGAAGAAAGACGCAGUGACUCUGGUAAGAAUUCUAACGAAUCGGACCAACGUUCAGAGACAGGUGAUUGCCAGCACCUUCCAGGAGAUAACAGACAAGGACCUGAGCACAACUCUGAAGAAGGUUCUGUCUGGAGACCUGCAGGAUCUGCUGCUGCAGCUGCUGAUGCUCCCAGAACAUCUGGAGGCUCAGCGGCUGCAGCAGGCCAUGGUGGGUUUGGGCACUGAUGAGGAAACCCUCCUGGAGGUUCUGUGCACUCGAUCUGGGAAACGACUUCAGGAAAUCAGUGAUGCCUACAAGCAAAGGUACAAGAAAGACCUGGAGAAGGAGCUGAAAGCAGAAACCAGUGGAGACUUUGCUAAACUCCUUGUGGCUCUGUUGAAAAAAGACAACAUGACUGCAGCAGUCCACAGAGAUGUUCAGACUCUCAUGGUGUCUCUGAAUGGGAAAAAAGCUGAUGCAGAACCAUGGAUCAACAUCCUAACAUCCAGAGAGUGGGAUCACCUGGACAAAGUUCUGCUGGGCCUGGAGCUGGAGAGUGGGCAGUCAGUAGAGCAGGUGGUGGAGAAACAGUUCUCUGGAGAUGUUCGACUUGGUUUGAGAGUUUUAGUUCAGUGCAUCCAGGGUUCUGAUGUGUUCCUCGCCAAGAGACUGGCCACCAUGAAGACAUCAUUGGUGCAUGGAAUCAUGGUGUCACACAGCGAAGAAGACCUGCUGAGGAUCAGGACAACAUUUCUUAAACUGACUGGAAACUCUCUCUACUCUGCUCUGCAGAACCAUUUUAAAGGAGAACAUCUGCAGGCUUUGCUGAGUAUCUGUCGAGCUGAAGAUUAAAAGUAUACCUGCAGUUUCUUUUA